AUGUUAAAUGUAUCAUCACGUACACAAUGUACACGCGAUUCCUUGACCUUAAUAACAUCCAAUUACCGCCUCCUAGGUGGUCUAAGGAGUCCAAGAUCCGAAGCCCUGGGUCACAUAGAUCUAUUCUCAAAGGAUUUGAGGCUGCCCCCAGAAUUAAGAAGUUUGUCGUACGAUGUGAACAGUGUUCUGCACUUUAGUGAUCGGGAAUUUAGCAAGAACGGACAUAGGACCAUUAUAUUUAAGGAUCGCAACACAAAACAAAAUAGAAUCGGCCUAACGACUUCGGAUCUUCGAAAGAUUGAGAUUGUCUAUGGCCCAGAGUGCCAAAAGCGCGACCGUCAGGCCAAAAUAGAUUUAUGUCAACACUACCCUGGAAUUAUUCGUAAAAAACGCAACAUCGACCUGGAUCAUACUAGAAGCCUUCGAGUCAAUCCCGACAUAACUCCACCACCAGAAAACCUGACAGAAGAAGUAUCUAAAAGUAUCAAAGAUCUUGGCAUACAUAAUGAAGUUCAAAAUAUAAUAGAAGACGUCUAUAAAAUAACAUCAUUAGCUUUAAAAAAUGCUAGAAUCAAAUACUGCAAUGAUACUAAAGAGCCUCUCCGCUCGGACUCGAAAAGAGAAGAUAAAAGUCCUAAAACAGAUAUACUAGGCAUCAUUGAAGUUAUAACGGAGUACACACAAAACAUAGUUGAUAAUGCACUAGCCAAUUUGACUGAGUUCUGUGAAACAUCACAGUCUAUGGACAAAUAUGUCAGAUCGAGAUGUAGCUGGUACGAUAAGCAAAAUGGUAGGUGUAGACAAUACUUUAAAUCUACCAAAUUUGGCGCAGUUAAGUAUUCUACCCAACAUAGGCCAGUUUAUUUCCAAUCUACUAAGCAUCAAGGCAGAGCUGUUAUCUAUAACUAUGCGCAUAUGGGCUAUAGAGCGGGACCAGAAAACAGUACAGAUAAUCAAUCAAUUGAAAGAACAAAACGAAGUGUUGCCAGUGAUAUAACAGAAGCUGUAGAUGAAGUAAAAACUACUACACAUGUAACAGAAAAAACAAAUGACGCUAAGACAGAUAAUAUUGAAACAUCAAAAUCAAUGUUAAGAAUGGCAACAACGAUUAAUUCCCAAAAGAAAAAGAAUUACGCGCCAAUAAUGCGAAGAUCGUAUAAGAAUAGACCUGAUGACGAUUCACAACAGAAGAGAACUAGAAGGUUACGUCACAAAAAGAGACCGCACCGAACUGAAGAAGACAGUGAGAAAAUAGAGAUUGUAGAAAGGAAUAUUGAUGCAGAUCAAAAAAGUCCUAGAAAAGAAAAGAGAAAGAAAAUUCCAAGGGUCAAGCUGUCAGCGCAAAACAAAGAGUUCUAUAACGAGAGGAAAUGGCAGGAAAAUGUCGUGAGAUAUAUCAUAACUGAUAAUGGAAAAUAUAACACAGAAGAUGUUAGGUCUCGUCUAGAAGAAGUAAAUAGAAUAUUGAUGAAGAAGACGUGCGUGCGCUUGGAGGAGAUAUCUGAUGAGGAUCAGUUCCAUGAUUACUUGGUGCUGGACACAAGUCCUGAUUACGUCACAGGCAGAGUUGGUGGGAGACAGGUAAUUAAAGCAUUAUCAUUUGAUUUGAGAACUUCGCGUCGAGUUUACUAUCUCUUGGGCAAGUGGAGUCGUAAUUUGCAGAUUUAA